CAUCUUAAUUCCAAGUUUUGAACUGCCUCUGAGCCUAUUAAAACUCUCAUUAUUAUUUUUUCUCAAAAACUGACUGGUAAUUCAGGUUAUAUAUCUGGAUCGUAUUCUCCUCUUAUCAUUGCUUAAACCAGAAACAUGCAGAUCCCACAAGUUCUGGAGUACCAAGAAAAUGAAGCUGUUGUCAAGUCCGCACAGGAGGUACCAGUUGUGCCAUCUGAUGCAAUCAUAGAAGAAGCAGCAGGGCCACCUCACGAGGCUUUGUUCCUGAUCUUAACCUACCUUCCUUUGUUUGAGCUUCUUGCCAUGAAUCAAGUUUGCACUUCAUUGAGAGAUGCAGUAAACAAGGAUGUCCUCUCAUGGCUGAACAUAGUUGUUGAAAAACCGUUGAGCUCGAAAUUGUCCGAUGUGAUCUUGAUAGAUAUUACAUCAAAGGCUAAUGGUAGGUUGAAAACUUUAGCUCUAAUGAACUGUGCCAAGAUUACAGAUAACGGGCUUCAACAGGUUGUGGAGCAGAAUCCUCAGAUCAGCAAGCUCUAUCUGCCAGCUUGCACUGGCUUAACACCAGAAGGAGUCAUUCGAGCUGUGAAGACAUUAUCUGAAUAUGGUCACGGCUUAAAUUCCAUAAUGAUCAAUGGCAUAUACAACAUAAACAAGCAGCACCUUGAUACACUUAAGUCUUAUCUUGAAGAAAUGAAUCCUGUCACAGAAAAGGAGCAGCCGGUAUCAUGGCCUCUCCUAUACCGUGAGUACAUUGACUCACCAACACUUAGACAUGACAAAGGUCACACCACAAUCGACCUUGAGGUUUGCCCAAAAUGCGAUGAGGUGAGGAUGGUUUUUGACUGUCCAAGGUGGUUGUGCAAGAGAAUGCUAGAAAGGUCAGUGACUGAAUGUAGGGGAUGCAAGUUUUGCAUUUUAAGGUGCCUAGAGUGCGGUGGAUGCGUGGAUUCUCAAGAAAUUGAAGAGGCUGUUUGUGCUGAUAUCUUGUGUUUAGAUUGCUGGCUUCACCUUCCCAAAUGUAACUUCUGCAACAAGCCAUAUUGCAAGCAACACGCUGAUAACAAGUGCUGCACAUCAGGAUCUGCAGGUUUCGUCUGUGAGGUCUGUUAUGCAAAGUACAUUGUAAACUUGCCGAGAACUGUUGAAUAUGUUGAUUUCUGAUCGAGUAUAUAUGUAGGUAUAUAGCUGUAGACUCUUCUGCUAUCUUAAGAUGACAAUGUUUUCAUCAUCAUAAGUAGUCAGUCUAAUGAAACAUUCCAACGCAACCGUCGCGGACUUGUGGCAACAUGAUUUCACUUCUCGGA